CUUUAUGAAGAAUGAAAACCCUGAACCAGGCAACCCCUUAAACCCCAAAGCCGAACAGCAACAGAGUGUUCUCAUUCCAUGGUCGUCGAAUCACGACAAUGAAAGCCCUGAGAACCCUAAGAAGGACCCUCUAUUUCCCUGCCUAUCACACUUCCACUCCGCUUUUCUUCUCCGCCCAGCCGCAGCCUCAGCCUCGCCCCGACGACCCCACCACCUCCGCGGACUCCGACUCCGUCUUCGACAGCUCCCACUAUGCCCUCGACACGGACCCUGGGCCCAAGUCCGGGCCCACGUGGGACGACAAGUACCGGGCCCGCGCGGACCGGAUGGUGUUCGGAGAAGAGGGCCCGAAGGGGAAACUGCGGCUGAAGGAGGAGGAAGACGAGAGGAGGAGAAGGGUUCUAGCCAAGGCUUUGCUCGAAGCUGCGGUGGAAAACGAGGAGGAAGAGGAGGGAGUAGAAGGAGAGAAAGGUAUAGUGAAGGAGGAAGAGCAAAAGUCGUUGUCCGUGGGAAUCAUUGGCGCCCCCAACGCUGGCAAGUCUGCGCUAACUAAUUUUAUGGUUGGGACAAAGGUAGCAGCAGUUUCACGGAAGACAAAUACCACAACUCAUGAAGUUGUGGGAGUAUUGACAAAAGGAGACACCCAAAUUUGUUUUUUUGAUACACCAGGGCUCAUGUUGAAUUGCGCUGGAUUUCCUUAUAGGGAUGUCAAAGUCCGUGUUGAAAGUGCUUGGAGUUCAGUCAAUCUCUAUGAAGUGCUCAUAGUCAUUUUUGAUGUUCAUAGACAUAUUACCAGGCCUGAUCAAAGAGUGAUACAAUUAAUUAAACGAAUGGGAGCUCGAUCAGUUCUAAAUCAAAGACGAAUUUUGUGUAUGAAUAAGAUUGAUUUAGUAGAGAAAAAGAAAGACUUGUUGAAGGUUGUUGAAGAGUUCAAAGAUCUUCCUGGAUAUGAAAGGCAUUUCAUGAUAUCAGGAUUGAAGGGGGCUGGCGUAAAAGAUUUAACUCAGUACUUGAUGGAGCAGGCAGUUCAACGACCCUGGGAAGAGGAUCCCCUUAGCAUGAGUGAGGAAGUUAUGAAGAUGAUAGCAUUAGAAGUCGUGCGUGAAAGGUUAUUGGACCAUGUACAUCAGGAAAUUCCGUAUGAUGUUGAACAUCGAUUGAUUGACUGGAAAGAGUUACGAGAUGGUUCUCUUAGGAUCGAGCAACACUUCAUCACUAGCAAAUUAAGCCAACGCAAGAUUAUUGUGGGGAAGAAUGGCUCAAAAAUUGGGAGAAUAGGAAUUGAAGCCAAUGAAGAGCUAAGGUCGAUUUUCAAAAGGCAAGUGCAUCUAAUUCUUAAAGUUAGUCAUAAAAAGUGAAUCUGGCAUAGAUUCGAUGUUGAAGUAUACCUUCUUUGCCAACUGCUAUGCUGUAUGUGAAAUGUCAAAGCUGUUCUGCAAAGUAACAAAACCAUGCUAGAUGUCAUGAUGAUCUUGGGGAAAAUCAUGGGUAUAGGUUGAGUUCAUUGUUGAUCGUUCGUACGAGCAAACUUUUGUGCCUAUUUCCGAUUUGGUUGCCCAUGUUUAAGGAGUUGGACUCAUUAAUUUUAUUGUGUAUGAGUUUCGAAAGGAAAUUUCCAUAUUCUGUUUUUUUUUUACUGAAAUAUAAUUUGGUUUAUACUUUGGGUUGCCUUAAAGUUGCUUAUGGCCCCCCUCUCAUUUGGUGAGAGAUAAGAGACUUUGCUAUUGUAUAAUGUUUUCUUAUGUACAGAAAUUUUGCAUAUCAAGCUUUGAUUAAUUCA